AUGUCUUGUUCAGUUAAACCUGUUUACAAGUCCUUAUUAUCAUCUGCUCCAAAUGGUUGCCUAUUUUCCCUUUCAGCAAUCUUUACCACCACCAAAACCUCUUCCUACCAAGAUCUUUCCAAACACAUCAAAAUCCACCUCUCUUUAUCUCACUCUAAACCCCCAUUUCCGUUAUUUUCCACAAAUUCUUCACGUACCCAUUCUUCGACCACAGUCUCGCUUAAGAUAAUGCUACGGCCGUCAACAGAUGUCCGGACACGGAUGCAGACGCAUUGUGUUUGGAGUCAUUCAAUGCACGUUGGUUUAGAUGAUGGACGUGGAAACCACACCCACCGGAUGAGUGUGGAUACAUUUGUGUUUGGGCAUGUGUCCAAAGAAAUUUCCUUCAGGGGAGGUUUUGAGGUGGAUCACUUUUAUUGGGUUAAGUGCUAUAGGGAGACUGGUGAGAGUCGCGGGUUCGGAUUUAUCAACAUGAGCACUGCUGAAGAAGCUGAUAUGGCUAUCGAAAUGUUCCAUCACUUUAGCUUUGGGAGGAGGGUGAUCAAGGUGGAUUUUGCCAAGGAAAAAUCACGUGGAUCUUUUUGA